AUGUUAAGAAGAUUAUCUGUGUAAGUCUAAUAAAUCAAGAAAUUGUAUUUUACUUUUUCUGUAAAUGAAGGUAUAUGAUGUAGAUAAUCAGAAUACAAGAUCUAAAUCCUGAAUCGAUUAAAAGUGAUCAAACAUUCCAAUUCUGAUAAAGACAUAGUAUCGAAUGGUCAUAUAGAAAAUCUAUCUAUUGAUCAAGGUAUUUCAUUCAUAUAGUAAACUAGAUGGAAGAGUCAUAAUAGAUCUUAAGUUAGAUUAAGACUACAGAAAAAUAAAGGCACUUUGUUCAGAAGCUCUUAAAGAAUUUGAAUGGAUUAAGAAUUUAGAUAUUCGUAUGGCUCCAAAAAAAGAAAAUGUAUUCUCAUAAACAAAUUCAUAAAAAAGAGGGAAUCUCUAAAAUGUCAAUAAAAUCAUAGCUGUUUCAAGUUGUAAAGGAGGAGUAGGUAAAAGUACUAUUGCAUUAAAUCUUACAUUUUCAUUACAAAAAUUAGGCUUUAAAGUGGGAAUAUUUGAUGCAGAUGUUUAUGGUCCAUCUCUGCCAACAUUGAUUGGAAAGGAGAAAUAAUAAUUAUAUGCUCCAGAAGAUAAACCAAAAGAAAUUUUGCCUAUUGAAUUCAAUGGUGUUAAAACCAUGAGUUAUGGAUAUGCAGGUGGCAAUUAAAAAGCUAUUAUCAGAGGACCUAUGGUUAGUAGCAUUGUUAUUUAAUUAGUACAACAAACUUAAUGGCAAGACUUAGAUUAUUUAAUUGUUGAUAUGCCUCCAGGAACAGGAGAUAUUCAAAUUAGUUUAUGUUAAGAAUUAAAUUUUAAUGGAGCAGUAAUUGUUACUACUCCUCAGAGAUUAAGUUUUAUCGAUGUUGUUAAAGGAAUAGAAAUGUUUGAUGUUCUUAAAGUACCUACAUUAAGUGUGGUUGAAAAUAUGGCUGAAUAUGUCUGUUCAAAUUGCAAUCAUAUUCAUAGACCUUUUGGACCAGGUUAUAUGAAUAUGUUAUAGAAAUAAUUUGGUAUUGCAACAGCUCUAUCUAUUCCAUUAUAUGGAGAUAUUUCAAAAUAUUCUGAUUUGGGAAGUCCUGUUGUUUUAACAUUACCUGAAGAUCACACUAUUAAUAAUAUAUAUAGAUAAUUAGCUAAUAGUGUUGUUAAUGAAUUAAAUAGAACUGAUUUGACUUAAACUCCAAAUGUCAGAUAUGAUACUGCAAAAAGAGUAAUCAUCAUUAGAGAUUUUAAUGGUAAAGAAAAACCUAUUAAAUCUAUUGAAUUAAGAUCUAAAUGUAAUUGUGCAUUAUGUGUUGAUGAAUUUACUGGAAGAAGAUUAAAUUAAGUAAUAUCUAAUACAUAUAUUUAGAAUCAAAAACUUGAUUAAGAAGUUUAUCCAUAUAAGAUUGAACCUAAAGGUAACUAUGCUGUAGCUAUUGUUUGGUCUGAUGGUCAUCGAUCCUCUAUUUAUCCUUAUUAAAGAUUAUGGAGUGAUGAAAUUAAUGAACAUAAAGCAUGA